AUGACGGACAAGUGCACCUCCAGCUUCGACGACGACGCACCUACGCAUGCCGAUGCCUACACGGAGGAGGGGCACAACCGCAUCGACGAUCGGAAGGGGAAAGGCCCGACGAGGAAAUGUUCUGCUCUGCUCCUAGCUACUAGUGACAGCACUGCAGCACCUCCUCAGCUCAAAGGUCGCAAGCAGAGCAAGAGCAGAGCUCGCUCCGUCCGUCACUGCACCAUUGCGAUGAAGAAGGUGCGGGCGAGGCCGCGGCGGAUCCCGGCGUUCGGGGAGUGGAACUACUACGACGACGGUGGGUACGGAUACGGCGACGGCGACUGGCCGGCCACCCAGACCCAGUACCUGGACUCCGCCAUGCCGGCCGGCAUGGUCAUCGCACUGCCGGCGUCACCGAAGCCACCCAAAAAGGCGGUAAAGUGGAUCGACAGCGGUACGCUGGAGGCGGCCGUGGAGCAGAGGCAGAAGGUGGUGGUGGGGCUGCGCGAGGAGCACGGGGCGAAGAAGCCGCAGGGGAAGCCCAUAGAAGUUUACCUGAAAGUGUCUGACGCCGACGCCCACCGCACCGCCGCAAGCGGCAACAAAACUCGCAGGGCGAGGGUGGUCAAAGCCGUGGACGAGGACCUCUACGUGAUCCCGCCGGACAUGCUCUGCCACAAUAACCCGCGCAGGAGGCUGACGACGAAGCGGCUGUGGACCGGGUGCCUGGGCAGCCUGGGCUGCGUCUCCGCCUAGGGAUCGCAACCCGUCUGUCCUUGGCGUGCGUGUUGUAAAGACUAAAGAGAGAGAGAGGAGCGGAAAACCAUGGGCCAUGAUGCUGUCACGCCAUGUCAAACAUCCCCUCCCUCCCUCUCUCUCUCUCUCUCUUUGUAUGUGCUGUACUCCUGGAAUGCGUUUUUAUUACGUACUAUGGAUGGAUGGAUGGAGACGGCGAGAGGUGAUGCGCGGCAGGCAGCGUCAUUUCCCCGUGCCGAACGCCCACUCGAGUGCGUCUUUCCCGACGGGCUUUGCCGCUCGAUGUGUCCGUGUAGUUGGAGGCUUGCUCGGGGCCUGUCGAGCAUGCAUGAAAAGAUGAAAAGAAAGGAAUGCGGGAGCCAUGGCGGUGGCGUCUUGUUCUGCACGACUGCAUCCGGGCCUCUCUUUCGGUUAA